AUGGCGUGUUCGCAUAUGAAUAGCCUUCCUGACGAGCUACUUAUUGCCAUCUUCUGGCCCUCAAAGCGAAUCUUCUCUCGCGAGCCAUUUGAUGAGGUUGUAUGGGCUUCCGUGCGGCCUCCCUCGAGGUUCAUUCGCGAAGAUCCAGACGAGGCAUGUUACCAGCAGAGCGACACCAUGUUUCCAGCUCCUCCUCUUCCUCCAGAAUUCGCCGACGCCGCGUACAAUCUCCUCCUCGCGUCGAUCUGCCGCCGCUGGCGUCGCCUGGCGCAGCGCCACGUGUCCACGCUCCUCGUCAAGAAGGACCGCGCCGUUUCCCGGGACGAUCUCGCCGCAGCGGUCGCGUGCUUCCCGCACCUCACGCACCUGCACCUCAGCGACGGUAGCGCGCAGCCCAUCGACGACGCCUUCCUCGCUCACCUCGCCGCUCGCUGCCCGAAGCUGACGGCGUUCCACCUAGGGAGUUACAUCGUGCAGCAGAACCUCGAGAACUCCGACUACGACUCACCUGGGGAGUACGACCCGGCGGGGAAGGGCUUGGUCACGCCUGCCGGCUUCGACGCGUUCUUCCGCUGCUGCACGCAGCUGGAGCACCUCUCGCUAGGCUGCCUGCAUAGCAAUUUCGGGUUACCAACUUCGCUAUUCCAGCUCGUGCAUCUGCGAUCUCUCGCGGUCGCCGAUCUGUCGUCGAUAUUAACAGCACACGUUGAGAAGUUCACGUCUCUCACGGCACUCGCGAUCAACACGUCGGUUUGGGACUUUGACGACCUCGAGCACCUCGCGCUCCUGCCGCACCUCGCGUCUCUCUCCAUAACGGAAGAAAUCUCUUUCUCCCAACCCAGCUCGCGCUCUCCUCCCUUCUCCUUCGCGCGCCUACCGUCGCUCACGUCGUUGGAUCUAGGCUUCAGCCCCUGCCCACCGUUCGAUCGGAUGUUCCCUGCGGAUUCCCCCUGCAGCCUGCUCGAGCGGCUGUCCCUCUACCAGUGCAGCGACCUUCACGCUCUCCCGGACGACAUGGGCGAGCGCCUGCCGUGCGUGCGCGAGCUGAGCAUCAGCAUGUGCAUCACCUUGCUGGAGCAGCCCGACCAACUCACCUCCCUCACAGCCCUGCGCUCCUUGACGCUCGCCGAGUGCGCAUUUCGCGGCCUGCCGGACCGCUUCGGCCACAUGCCCGCGCUGACGACGCUCGUGCUGCACAACCUGAACAUCUCCUGCCACUUCCCUGCCUCGUUCACCCGCCUGCAGUCCCUCGACACUCUCGUCGUCACCGACUGCGCGACCUUAGCCGAGCUGCCUGACGGGUUGGGCGCGCUCACAGCGCUCAAGCGCCUGUGCGUGGCGGAGUGUCCCUCCGUGGUUCUGCCAGCCCACGUGGGCCAGCUCACCAACCUGCACUCGCUCCUCCUCAAAUCCUGCACGGCGCCCCGCCUGCUGCCACCCUCCUUCACGCAGCUGGCUUCACUCGCACGCCUGGAGCUUCACGAGUGCGAUCUGACCGAGCUGCCACAGGUCGUGGGGGAGAUGAGGCGCCUGCGAGAGCUCUCCCUCCUCUCCUGCCCGCGGAUCCAGAAGCUGCCAGAGUCCGUGGCAGCGCUGCUGAGGCUGGAGUCCCUCGUGGUGGACGAGUGCAGCAGCCUCUUCUCCGUCCCUACGAGCCUCGUCAAUCUGACGCGGCUGAAGCAGCUGGAGCUGACCGGCUGUGCGCUGCUGAGAAGGGCUCCGGAGUGCCUGCCAGGGUCGUUGGAAACGCUCAGGCUGGGGAGUUACCAGCAGGUCAUACAUCUGUCGGGCACCUAUGCUCUCCCCCGCCUCACCACUGUGAGGUUCACCAAUGUGAUUUUUCCCACUGAUCUAUUCAGAAGCAGCCUCUCCUCACCGGAGCACUUGCGUCUCAUGUUGGCAUGUGAGGGCGAGUUCCCGUUCCCAUUGGCGGACCUGCCUCGCCUGCGCACCCUCACACUCAUCAGCACUGGAGUUGUGAGGCUUCCAGAGUUUUCCAGGUCCACGUUGCAGGAGCUGCGCCGGCUGGCAAUACUCAUGCCUGAAUUGACGGAAAUCCCAGCAACUAUCGGAGCUCUCCAAAAGCUCACAUACCUGGAGAUCAAAGCUCCCAAGCUGCCUUCCCUUCCCGAUUCCAUCGGGGCGCUGUCCCGACUAGGCAAGCUGAUUCUCUCCAACAGCCCAGCGCUCACGCACCUCCCUGCCACCCUCACGCAGCUGGCCUGCCUGCGCGAGCUGCUAGUGCGCAAGGCCGCCAUCACAGCCCUUCCCGCCAACUUUGCCCGGCUGAGCCGGCUGCAGGUGCUGAAUCUGGAGGGGUGCAAGCAGCUGGAGGCGCUGCCUGAAGACGUGGGCGAGCUGAAGCUGCUGGACCGUCUGAUAUCCGAAGGCCCCUGCACGUAUUCGGGGGCGGUAGCUAUAACGUGGAGGAUGGGGGAAGGGAGUGGCGGGCCGACGGCAGCAGUCGCCCGCGUCAGCGCCAACGAACUUCGUUGGCGCCCCCGACAUCUCCAUCCUGCUCCCCGCCCUCCCCUCUGCCGCGCACUGCAACGGCAGAGACUUGGGGAGGGGGUUGGCGGGAUUGGCAGGCGAGGCUCCGGGGGUACUAAAGCCCCCCUUGAACCCCCCUAUCCUCCUCCUCCUCGCUGCACCGCAUCUGCUGGGCGUGCCGCGUUGGGGGGGGGGGGAGAAGGGAUGUGGGGGUGGCGGGUUUGA